AUGACGUCGUUGCCGAGUAAGGCCCGUUUCACACGUGAGCGGGAAUUGCGCAAGCCUAAUUGCGGUGACUUAGUGGUCUGUCAUGCGCAAUUUAGUACUGUAUCUGAUCAAAUGGAGCAGUUCACACGAGUGAGUCCACCGCAGCGUGCAGAUCUCUCGAAGGCCUUUGAUUGUGUCAAUGCUGAAAUUCUUAUUGGCAAACUUUCGGCCCUGGGCAUUCAAAAUUAUGCCAGAGAUUGGCUUGCCUCAUACCUGUCUAACAGCGUGACUCAUCAAAACAGCUGGGACCAAUCACAACAGAAGCUUUUGUUUGCUUUGUCAGUCCGCGCCAUCGCCAGUGAGCAAGCUGUACGCUCUAAGUGGAAAUACUUGCGCGUGACAGUCAGCUGCCGGCGGCCGCUAUAUAUGGCUUAUAACAUCAAGCCUUCGAUAGUCGGGUCCUCAUUCGAUGAAACAACAAUGGAUCCUUCAAUCAAAGAAUUUCUAUCCCUGCUGGACUCUGAUGUUGACAUGAAAUCCAAAGAUGUAAAAAGGCGUUCUCUUCUCCAUUGUGCUGUGCGGUUGAACUUUGAAUUUGGAGUUGAUUUGUUACUGGAUAGAGGUUUUGACAUAAACUCAACAAGUUCAGGUGAAACUCCUUUACAUGUUGCUGCAUGGAAGCGAUAUAGCUCAAUUUUUAGAAAAUUAAUUGAAAGAGGAGCAGAUGUAAACUGUCAAAACAAAAAUGGAUUGACGGUUCUCCACAUUGCAACGAUAAUUGGUUCCCUCCCAUUUGUUGAUAUUUUAUUUAAAGAGGAAGUUGAUGUGAAUAUUAAAGAUGUAAAAGGAAACACUCCUCUUCAUUUUGCAGCUAAAUCUGCAAACUCUACAGUGGUCGAAAGACUUUUAAAUAAAGGAGCCGUUGUGGAUUGUAAAAAUGAUGCAGGUCAACUUCCACUUCAUAUUGCAGCUAAGUAUUGUAAUCAAAGACCAAUUUUCCAGUUAUUGUUGUCAGAAGGAUCUGAAGUAUCUGCAAAAGAUAAGAAGGGAAGAUCGCCAUUACACUUAGCAGCAGAAAAAGCAUUUUUAAAUGGAGCCAUCGUACAUAAUUUGCUAGAGUGGGGUGCAUCUCCAUUAGAGAAGGAUGAUAAUGAUGAACGACCUUCAGAUGGAGCCUCAUACAUUUGGACGGAGCAGUAUAUGGACGAGCGAAAAGAAGGGCAGCUCUGUUAA